CUCCAGGAGGAGGUGUCCUCCCAACGCAGUCCGCCAGCACCAUCUACAAACCCUGCUGGCCUCUCGUCUCUUCUUCCCGAAGUUUCGGUUUUUCCAGGUUUCGUCGAUCUCCCUCCUCUCUCUCUCUCUUGCGUUAGUGUCUGGGCGACUAGUCUGCGAACAAUUCAUCAGGGAAAAUGGCUGACGAAGCAAACAGAGCGGCCUUUAUGGAGAUUCAAGGGCGCAUGAUUGAGACUACUGGAAAAUUGAAGCAGGUGCAAAACCAGAUUCGAAAUAAGGAAACGGAAAAGAAGCGUGCUUAUUUAACCUUGGAGGAGCUGGGACAGCUACCUGACAGUACCAACACAUACAAGGCUGUAGGGAGAACGUUUCUUUUAGAGCCCAAGUCAGUUUUAGUGAAUGAACAGCAACAAAAGCUUAAAGAUAGUGAGACUGCUAUAGCUUCAUUACAGACUUCAAAGGAGUACCUAGAGAAGCAGAUGGCCGAUGUGGAGAACAACUUGAGGGAGCUCCUUCAACAAGAUCCGGGUCUCGCUCAACAAAUCAUGUCUAUGUCCGUAAUGUAGGUACAGGGCCCUGUCAGCGCUCUGAUGCAUUGACCUGGUUUGGUGUUAGCUUCGAAUGCCGUAGCCCCUAACCUGCAUUAUUGUGCUUAAUGUUCGAUUUUCCUUUCGAAAGUUUCUGUUUCUAGUGUGAGGGCUCGCUUUGUACCGUGUGAAUCUCUGAACAUCUUGCACCUUCAGGCAACGAAUCCACAAUGGCUUGC